AUGACGACGAUCAUCUAUGAGGAUUUCGUGGUAGAUCGGCAGCAGGAAUUUAUCUAUAGCAGUUUACGGGAUUGGGCGCAUGGCCUGGUGCCUUGGGGUGAAGAAGCCGAGCAGCGCCGAGAAGAAGAGCAGCGGCGCAGAGAAGAGCAGCGCCGAGAAGACGAGCAGCGCAUAGAAGAAGAGCGCCGCAGAGAAGAACUGCAGCAGAGCCAUCACGACGAGGAUGUGGAUCCAUUCAAUUUGGAGGACACAACCUGGGCGGCGGCCGGCUCAAGGCUGCAGGCAGAGUGCGCCAUCUGCCUCAAGGACUUCGAGGCGGAGGACAUGGUCAGCACGAUACCGUGCGACCACUGCUUCCAUCAGGGCUGCAUCUCGCAGUGGCUCCGGGUCAGCUGCGUGUGCCCCCUCUGCCGCCGCGCGGUAUGA